AUGAACUUCUCCCUCCGGCCCAUCGGUAUCCUGGGGAUACUGUCGUCGCUCGUUUUGACCCUUUUCCAGCAUGCCUACGUCGCCGAUGCCGUCGAGAUUGACAUCCAGGACGCCCAGUCCGUCAGGGACGCCGCCGCCUCGGUUGCCUUUGACAUGAUGAAGUACUACACCGGAAACAACACGGGCGACGUGCCCGGCAACUUGCCCGAUCCUUACUACUGGUGGGAGGCCGGCGCCAUGUUCAUGUCCAUGGUCGAUUACUGGUACUACACAAAGGACGAGACGUACGUCGCCGUCACCAAGCAGGCCCUCCUGCACCAGGUCGGCGAGGAAAACGACUACAUGCCCGCCAACCAGACCAAAUCCGAAGGAAACGACGAUCAGCUCUUCUGGGGCCUUGCUGCCAUGACCGCCGCCGAGCUCAAGUUCUCCGAUCCCGACAACUCUCAUGCGUCCUGGGUCGCGCAAGCCCAGGCCGUCUUCAACGAGAUGGCCGGCCGUUGGGACACUGCCUCUUGUCAAGGAGGUGUCCGCUGGCAGAUUUACUCCUUUAACGGUGGAUGGAACUACAAGAACAUCAUUUCCAACGGCGGUCUCUUCCAACUCUCGGCCCGUCUCGCGCGCUACACGGGCAACGAAACCUACCAGACGUGGGCCAACAAGAUCUGGGACUGGGCCGAGGGAACGGUUUUGCUGGACGUCGACAAGUGGAUCGUCAACGACGGUACGUCGACGCUGAGCAACUGCAGUCAGGCCGAUCAAACCCAGUGGACCUACAACUACGGCACCCUCCUCGUCGGGUCGGCCUUUAUGUACAACGUGACGGAGAGCGACAAGUGGAAGAAGCGUACCGAGGGCUUGCUGGAGUCGGUUUGGUCCAGGUUCUUCCCCGACCAGAUGGGUCCCAACAUUAUGGUCGAGACGACGUGCGAACCUUCUUCGCUGUGCGAUCUUGAUCAGUCGUCUUUCAAGGCCUACCUAUCGCGCUGGCUAGCAUUGACCGCCCAGGUUGUGCCUAGCUCCUACGAAGAUAUUAUGAAGCGCCUCCGCGCGUCGGCCAAGGGGGCCGCAGGCCAGUGCUCCGGCAGUGGCCAUAUCGCGGACAAGACGUGCGGUCGGCAGUGGAACAGCACCACCUGGGACGGCACCAUGGGUAUCGGCGAACAAAUGUCCGCACUUCAAGUCAUUGGUUCGGUCAUGUUGGAUUUGGGGAACCUUGAUCCUCCCGUCACCUUUGCGACGGGUGGUACCUCCAAGGCCGAUCCGAAUGCUGGUACUGGCAGUUCUUCCAGUAACUCGGACGGAACGUACGAUAUCAGCACGCCCAUUACGGGUGGCGACAAGGCGGGGGCAUCCAUCUUGACCAUUUUUCUGAUUCUCAGCACGAUAGGUGGUGCGUACUGGAUGAUGAUGGGAGAUUUUUAG